ACGCAAGUGGAUCCUCUGUUUUGGCUGGUUCAGAUAAAAAGGUGGAACAAUGAAAGCUGUGCUUGUUUGUAUAUCUUUUAUUUGCAUUACUAACGUUUUCGUACAUUCAAAGAAAAAUAAUAAACCACAAUGUAAUAUACAAACAAAAACUGUGAAAAACAAACUGUUUCCAUUGGUCGGAAAAAGCCGCGAGAAAAGACAAACUUGCAAAGAAUAUCGCGUUGUACAUACAAAUUUUCGGACCUAUUUUAAAAGCCUAAUGGCAAACUAUAGCAACUAUGUUCCGCCGUACUAUCCUAGUAAAGGCUGGCAAAGAGACGAAAACUUUGUACUAGACAUUCGGAUGCAACCGGAAGCGCUGGUUGAUUUGAACGAUGUGGAUGAACGUAUGACAACAGUUUUGAGCUUCCUUGUUGAAUGGAAAGAAUCGAAUCUGGUUUGGGCUGGAAUGAACACGUUUGUUUAUUCGGUCAUUCUCGACGCUGAUAUGCUUUGGAAGCCACACAUCAAGGUCGGAAAUCCACAUACCAGUCAGAGAGUAAAGACCGAUACUAAUGACAAAUUAACCCUUGAGUUUAAAGGUGAAGUCACAUGGAGCUUUGUUUGGACAGUGGACACACGGUGCAAAAUUGACAUCACAUAUUAUCCAUUUGAUCGCCAAUAUUGUCUAAUCGUCUUGGUCCUCUCCAGCGAUCUUAAAGACUAUCUAAAUUUUGACCAUACCGUUCCUCAUCUCGCACUAGACAACGGAAAUUGGAAACACAUGAAUACUUCUAUUUACAAUUACACAAACUACAAAACUAUGAAAACGCAUAUCGUAAUUGAAUACACAUUCGAUAGAAAAUCAGUAACACCUAUGCUAGUUUUCAUGGCUCCAGUAACUAUUCUCGUGUCAUUGUCGCCGUUAGUUUUUGUUCUUCCCAACGAUGGAUCGGAGAGACUCGGCAUCGCAAUGACCGUGUUGUUGGCGGUGUCCGUGUAUAUGACUCUGGUCGUCGACAAGCUACCAGACUCCUCCGACCCGUUGCCGCUGAUAACAACUGUCUUUUUUGCCUGGUACGUUUACAAUGCUUUCGUUACGCUACUCGUACUAAUUAACGGACGUAUCUCCCGCAUAAGCGAUAAGCGAUCAGUGCCUAAGUGUCUUCAAUGCUUGGUUCGGUAAACACGUCGCUGCUUCUGUUUGGCUGAUAAAAACUAUACGUGUGUUGAAUCUCGAAAAGAAGAAAAUGCCCAAUGCGAGGAAAACAAUAUGAGUAUGAAAAAAAUAACAUGGAAAAGUGUAAGUUCCAUGCUGGACAAAUGGUUCAUAAUUUUAUUGUACGCUUUGGAGAUCGUUUACGCUUCUGUCGCCUUCGUUGUUCUUACUUCAGGAGGCAAAGACGGACACACAGCCUACCGAGUUCCCGGGGAUUUUAUGGACGAUCCAUUUAGAUCUUUUAUUGGAGAAGCACAGAGUUACGAAUGUACAUUAUGGGAAUAAAAUUAAAAUUUAAUACACAUGAACAGUCUUAGUCUCAAAUGGAGCCUUCUUGCAUAUCUGAGUAUUACCGGCCAUGUGACCAGCUGUAAAAUCGAUCUUCAACCCAAACGAAAGAUGAGUCAAUUGCAACAAAGCGUUCAUUCAAAACAUUUUAAAUUAUACACAAUUUAUUUAAAAGCAAACGCAAAAAAUGAAGUAAUAUUUGGAAGAUUUAACAACUUAUACUUACAAUUCGACGAUUUGGUUUGAAAUUACAUCGCGUCAUGACGUCUUUAAACAAACACACUUUUGAUGAAACUGUGGUUCUACCGACAUAUAUCAUAAACUUACCCUCGGACAAUCAGUGGAGGCCUCGUUACCCGCUUCUUUACGUACCCCCAGAUUGGAUAUAAUGUAUAUAUACUUUUCCCCUUCAUAAACAUAAGCUGGGACUGAUGUGUAUCUUUCUAUUGCAGUAAACAUCUUUUGAAUGAUUGUUUGCUGUUCUAAACACGUCACUUAUUUCAAAAUUAUGCGAGUUAGAAGGGAAUUAUGUGUUUAUUAUGUAUGCGUCCGUGCUUUUAAGCGCUAUUUGUAUAAUAAUAUUAUUAUUAUAAAGUCAUUGUUAUUCGUAUUUAUUGGCUUAUAUUCUUGGUAUCUUGAUAUAUUUAGCAUAAGGACGUGUCUCUUUUUUCAUUAGAUAGAACCAUUUAUCAUAUUGUGCAACUGACCUUUCUUAUUCAAUAAACAAGAAAUGUGG